AGUUUUGGGUGGGAGACCUGAGGCCGGGGGCGCAACCUGGGAAAGCGUAGACCUAGCGAUGCCGCCGUUAAGAUGCAGAGGCUUCUGAAAACUGGUCGAGACAUAGGUGUGAGAGUAGCACAGAAUUUUGUAAGAUGCCCGAAGCCACGCCUACACUGAAGAAGUCAGGCAGAAACGGCUUAUCCGUGGCUAAGUCAAGCCAUCUCUUCUGUGAAUUGUUUUGAAUUUAUGACAGAGUUCCUAAAACAUUCCAAAAUUCCCUUGUUCAACUUGGACUCAACACUAUGAAAUCUGCAAAUAUAUGUAUAGGUCGACCAGUGUUGCUUACCAGUUUGGAUGGAAAACAAGAGGUCUAUACAGCCUGGCCUGUGGCAGGAUUUCCUGGAGGCAAGGUUGGCCUGAGUGAAAUGGCGCAAAAGAAUGUGGGCGUGAGCGUUGGUGAUGCCAUUCAAGUCCAGCCUCUGUUGGGUGCUGUGCUUCAGGCUGAGGAAAUGGAUGUGACACUCAGUGACAAAAAUGUGGAUAUUAAUGAAGAACAACUGACUGGUUGUCUUCUGAGAAAACUAGAUGGCAAGAUUGUUUUACCAGGCAACUUUUUGUAUUGUACAUUCUAUGGACGACCAUGCAAGUUGCAAGUGUUGAGAGUGAAAGGGACAGAUGGCAUGAUAUUGAGAAGGCCUCAGAAUGACACUGAUGCUCAAAGAAUGGCCUGUGAACAGUCCAACAUAGACACCAGUACCCUGGAUGUAGCCUUACAGCUGAGCCAGUUAGAUCUGGAAGAGCCUCGGGAUCCAACAUCAAGCAGUACUCCUUGCAAACCAGUAGAUGACAGAAUGAUAAGUAAAGCUAGUGACAUUUUUUCAGAUGUUACACAGAGUCCUAGGGACAACAGUGGACUUGAACUAGCAGAGAUCAUAGGACUUAAAUGUAGUUUUGAAUUGGCUAAAGGAGGAAAUGAGCAACUUGUUAAUGAAGAGAGAUUGCUAAAGUCAGCCUAUGUGGGAACAAAGCACAACACUGAUACUUUUUAUUUUAUUUCUUCAACAACGAGAGUGAAUUUUACAAAGAUUUGUACAAAUUCAGAAGAGCAAGACAACCAAUUCAAAGUAACUUACGACAUGAUAGGAGGCUUAAAUAGUCAGCUGAAAACAAUUAGAGAAAUAAUUGAAUUGCCUCUCAAGCAGCCUGAACUUUUCAAGAGUUACGGAAUUCCUCCACCUAGAGGAGUGUUACUCUAUGGCCCUCCAGGUACUGGGAAGACCAUGAUUGCUAGGGCUGUUGCUAAUGAAGUAGGAGCCUAUGUUUCUGUAAUUAAUGGUCCUGAAAUUAUAAGCAAAUUCUAUGGGGAGACAGAAGCAAGGCUACGUCAGAUAUUUGCUGAAGCCACUCUACGGCACCCAUCAAUUAUUUUUAUUGAUGAGCUGGAUGCACUUUGUCCUAAAAGAGAAGGGGCUCAGAAUGAAGUGGAAAAAAGAGUGGUAGCAUCACUGUUAACACUGAUGGAUGGUAUUGGUUCAGAAGGAAGUGAAGGACAAGUGUUGGUCCUUGGGGCCACAAAUCGCCCUCAUGCCUUAGAUGCUGCACUUCGAAGACCUGGACGAUUUGAUAAAGAGAUUGAGAUUGGAGUUCCUAAUGCUGAGGAUCGGCUAGAUAUCCUCCAGAAACUUCUUCGAACUGUACCCCAUUUGCUCACUGAAGCUGAGCUGCUACAGUUGGCAAAUAGUGCUCAUGGGUACGUUGGAGCAGACUUGAAAGCUUUGUGUAAUGAAGCAGGUCUCUAUGCCUUACGGAGAGUCUUGAAGAAACAGCCUAAUCUCUCUGAUAGCAAGAUGGCUGGGCUGGUGAAGAUUACUCUGAAUGAUUUCUUACAAGGGAUGAAUGACGUCAGGCCCAGUGCUAUGAGGGAAGUAGCAAUCGAUGUACCAAAUGUAUCCUGGUCAGAUAUAGGAGGACUGGAAAAUAUCAAACUAAAAUUGAAACAGGCUGUGGAAUGGCCUUUGAAACAUCCAGAGUCUUUCAUUCGAAUGGGUAUUCAACCACCUAAAGGAGUUCUUCUGUAUGGGCCACCUGGAUGCUCUAAAACAAUGAUUGCAAAGGCUUUAGCCAAUGAGAGUGGCCUGAAUUUCCUAGCUAUAAAGGGGCCUGAAUUAAUGAAUAAAUACGUUGGUGAAUCUGAAAGGGCUGUUAGAGAGAUCUUCCGAAAAGCGAGAGCAGUGGCUCCUUCCAUUAUUUUCUUUGAUGAACUUGAUGCCUUAGCAGUUGAAAGGGGCAGUUCUUCAGGUGCCGGGAAUGUAGCUGACCGUGUUCUGGCUCAGCUCUUAACGGAAAUGGAUGGUAUUGAACAGUUAAAGAACGUGACAAUUUUGGCCGCUACUAACCGCCCAGAUAGGAUAGACAAGGCUUUGAUGCGGCCUGGAAGAAUUGAUAGAAUCAUCUAUGUGCCGUUACCAGAUGCAGCAACAAGAAGGGAAAUAUUUAACCUGCAGUUUCAUUCUAUGCCAGUCGGUAAUGACGUUGAUCUGGCUGAACUCAUCCUCCAAACUGAUACAUAUUCAGGAGCAGAGAUUAUAGCUGUCUGUAGAGAGGCGGCUCUUCUGGCUCUGGAAGAAGACAUUCAAGCCAACCACAUUAUGAGAAGACAUUUUACUCAAGCCUUGAGCACUGUGACACCCAGAAUUCCUAAAUCAUUGAGACGUUUCUAUGAAGAGUAUCAGGAGAAGAGCGGGCUACAUACACUCUGAGAAAGUAUGCAUGUUCAGUAUGCUAAAAAUGCUUUCUAGAGAAAACUUGUUUCUUUUUAAAAUUUUGUCUUGAGAGUGUCCAAAAAAAAACCUCUCAUAAGCAAAAGUCUGAAAUUGAGAGGCUUCAGUGUUUAAAGACAUUUUAAAUCAUAUGGAUACAAUGAAAAUGUCCAUGAAAAUCUUUGGACACAAGUUUAAGUCAGUUUUAUCUGGAAAUGUGUGCUGUUUUAAAGAGGAAACUUCAGCUUUUUCAUUUUUGACCUAGUUUAUUCAUCUCAUGAAAUGCUUUCCUCACUCCAGAAUCUGUUUCACUGCAUUGCUAAAUGCCCAGCCUGUGAGCCUCAGUUUUAUACGAGAACAUAGAAAAUGCAUGUGGUUGGGCACCUAAGUGGUUCAGUCAUUUAAGUGUCCAUCUCUUGAUUUCAGCCCACAGUUUGUGAGUUCAAGUCCCACAUAGGGCUCUGCACUGCCAGCAUGGAGCCUGCUUGGGAUUCAUUCUCUCUCUCUCUCUCUCCCUCUCCCUCUUCCUCCCUCUCUCUCUUUCUCCCACUUUCCCCCUGCCACUUGCUCCUCUCUCUAAAUAAAUAAGUAAAAGAAAAUGUGUGUGGAUUAAUCCAUAGUGAGAAAUAUUUACAGACCAUUAUUUUUAAAGGCCAGCCAGUGGAAUAGACAAAUGCACAAACCAAACUUUUGUGGCCUUGUUUCUAGAUAUGUAUUUGUUUUCAUUAUAAUUCACACCUACAUGUUUGCUUUGGCCUUCUUAAUCUCUACUUAUGGCAAUAAAAAAAGAGAGAGAGAGAGAGAAUUGAGAGUUAUUUCAUGUAAUCCCCCUUGCCAAGUUUAAAAAAUUGGAAACAUAGGGGCGCCUGGGUGUCUCAGUCGGUUAAGUGUCUGACUUCGGCUCAGAUCGUGAUCUCACGGUUCGUGAUUUUGAACCCCAUGUCAGGCUGUGUGCUGACAGCUCAGAACCUGGAACCUGCUUCAGAUUCUGUGUCUACCUUUCUCUCUACCCCUCCCCCACUUGUGCUCUGUCUCUGUCUCUGUCUCUGUCUCUCUCUCUCAAAAAUAAAUAAACAUUAAAAAAAAUUUUUUUAAUUGGAAACAUAAGCCCAGUUCAGGCCUAGAGCAAUAGACUUGUUUUGUUUUGUUUCAUAAGAUACUAUAAAUAAAUUGUAUGUUCAUGUUUUGAGUUGCACACAUUUUCAGGUUACCAAUAAACUUUUUCAUUUCAAAGAUAAACCAAAUUAAUUGUACUAUUAGUCAUAUUUUCUUAUGUUGCAUUUUAAAUAUAUGUAUUUUUGCUCUUAAUUCUUUUAUCUUUGGAAUUUCUUGACACUUUAAUAUUCUAUAAAUAUCUUUGAAAAACUGUCGGAAAUCGAUUCCCUGACUUCCAGUUCAGAAACUGGCAAUGGAAAGAAUGUGCCCUAGAUCUUUGAAAAUUUCCAGAAAGACAAGUCAGGCAAGAAAUACCUGAUUAUCAAAAUAAUGGGACUAUACAGUUUUGUGGUGGUAGAUAUUCUGAAGUGAUGUCUCAACUGUCUUAUCCUUUGACUAUCAAAAAUAGAUUUGCAAGGCGUUUUUUUCCCAGACUACAUUGGUUUAUUAGUAUAUACACGAAAUCACCAGGGGACAAAGAAUAUUACUACUAUUCAGAGCUCUUGUCAAAUAGACACUAGUCACAUAUGACUAUUUAAAUUCAAAUUUUAAUGAAUUAAAAUUAAAUAAUAUUAAAAGUUUAGUUCACCAGACACGUUAACCACAUUUCAGGUGUUCAGUAGUCAUGUGUGGCAAAUGUCUGCCAUGUGGACAGAAUAAAUUGUAGACCACUUCCAUCACUCAGAACGUUCUGUUGGUUUCUGCUGAUUUAGAACAGAAGGCUUACACAAUGAAAUAAAUAGGACCUCGAAAUUACUUUUAUGCUUCCCAUUUUCCCUUCAGUUGUUAGAGGACCAUAACUUCUUCCCUCUAAGUGCCAAGGGCGCAAAAUAAAUAAAAGAAAAACCUAUCCCCAAAGGCCUAAACAGAAAAAAUUUUAAAUUCUUGUUGCCAAUAAAAUAAAAACCAGAACAGCAAGCUUCACCUGACACAGGCUUUCAAGCUGGAAGCUGGGUGGUGGGGAGGAAGGUAGUGAUCUCAACAAGGAGUUCAGAUGUUAAUGGCCACUUAGACCCUUCAACCCAUGUGACGUACAAAGUUAUAACUGAGCCUCAUACAGAAUGCCCAGGUCAUUAAAGACCAACACCUUCAGUGUAAGGGCAGACUAGAAAAGAAAUUCUUCUGCUGGCAAGAGAGGUCACAGGGAGCCCUCUUGACUUAAGUCUGUGCUUUGGAUUAAAAAAAGAGGCUCCUCUGAGAAUUCUGACUACAAGCUUACCUGACCACAGGUUCCAGGUUUGAAUUCGCG